GCGUAACCAAAGCAGCCCUUGCAGUGUAGCCAAUAGACCAGACCGACACCAGUCCAUUGAAAGUGGGUAGCGAUUUCGUUCUUCGUCUUCGCCGAGAAGCCAACGCAGGUAUCGCUUUUGAAAGAGACGAAGAUCCAUCAUCAUCAUCAUCAUCGCCAUCACCAUCACCGCCAAGCACAAAGAUCGUCAACAGUCGAGUCCCGUCUGGUCCUCUUCCCUUCUCUUUCAAGCCACCUCUUCUCCUCCGUGUAUAAAAUCUUGUUGAUAGCCAGUCGCCUCCAUUAUAGCUCUCACGCUCUGAACCGCCCCAAAAAGUACUCGCCCUUCACGGAAAAAAGCACUUCUUCUUCUCCUCCCUAAAUAGCCAGACACCCCGGAAGCAGCUGUAGCCCAACUUUCGAUUCCCAAGCCUUGUGCUUGCGUCUCUGCCAUGGCGAAGCAGAGGGUCGUGGCGAGGUCUCGCUUUCAGAGCGUGUUCUCGCGCCUGUUAUGUGCAAUGUGCUUGAUCAUGGGCGACCGUCUGGGUGUUGUCGCGAUCCUUGAUCCCAACGACUUCUUGGCCCUCCAGUCGAUCCGGAAGUCGCUCGACGACAUGCCCGGGUCCACCUUCUUCGCCUCCUGGGACUUCACCGCCGACCCAUGCAACUUCGCCGGCGUCCUCUGCGACGCAGACCGGGUGAUCGCCCUCAACCUCGGCGACCCCCGAGCCGGCUCUCCGGGGCUGACUGGCCGCAUCGACCCCGCGAUCGGCCGGCUCUCCUCCCUCGCCGAGCUUACCAUCGUCCCGGGCCGGGUCUUCGGCUCGCUGCCGCAGACGCUGUACCAGCUCAAGAACCUCCGGUUCCUCGCCGUCAGCCGCAACUUCCUCUCCGGCGAGAUUCCGGCGAAUCUCGGCCUGCUGCGGAGCCUCCGGACGCUCGACCUCAGCUACAACCAGCUCACCGGAGCGAUCCCCCGCCCCAUCGGGACGCUGCCGGAGCUCUCCAACCUCAUCCUCGGCCACAACAGGCUGUCCGGCUCGGUACCCCCGUUCGUCUCCGAGUCGCUGACCCGGCUCGACCUCAAGCACAACGGCCUCUCCGGUACGCUCGGGCCGCUCGCCCUCCCGGCCUCGCUGCAGUACCUCUCCCUCUCCUGGAACCAGCUCGGCGGGCCGGUCGACCGGGUCCUGAACCGGAUGGACCGGCUCAACUACCUCGACCUCGGCGUGAACCGGUUCUCGGGCCCGAUCCCGGGCCGGCUAUUCGACUUCCCGAUCACAAACCUCCAACUGCAGCGCAACUUGUUCGAAGGGGCAGUGGAGCCGGCGAGCCAGGUGGCGAUCCCAACCGUGGAUCUCAGCUACAACAAGCUGUCGGGCCAGAUAUCCCCGAUGUUCUCGACGGUGCAGAACCUGUACCUGAACAACAACCGGUUCACGGGGCAAGUGCCCGGGUUGUUCGUGGACCGGUUGCUGGCCGCGAACAUCCAGACACUGUAUCUGCAGCACAAUUUCCUGACGGGGAUAGAGAUCAAUCCGACGGCGGACAUCCCGUUGAGCACGUCGUUGUGCCUGCAGUACAAUUGCAUGGUCCCGCCCGUACAGACGCCGUGCCCGUUGAAGGCCGGGAAGCAGAAGACGAGGCCUACUUCGCAGUGCAACCAGUGGAGAGGGUAAAAUGGGGAAUUCGGGUAAGUCUCUUGCUUUUUUGGGCAAUUUUCCUCUUUUGGACGGAGGGCAAAAUUGGAAGGAAAGAUACGUAUAGGACUGAGAUUUGGGGAAAUUUUAAUUAAAAUUGGUGGGGGGUUGGUUUUUGAUUCAUUUAUUUAUUUGUCGUUGAUAGGUGUUUGGGUAAAUAGAGAAUAAUAAGAGGGCUGGCCUGAAAAUUUUAUUAUAUAGAUGUUUUGAGGGGAUAUUAUAUGCUGCUUUUGAAUUACUGCUA